AUCAUUUAAAAGUAUUCCUUAGCUUUGCUCAUUUCUUUUAUGCUUUUUGCCCUAUGGGAGCUUAGUAUCUUCAAGAUGGGAGGAACUGAGCAUGUGGUACAAGUUACCUACAAACUAGAGGUCAUUCGCACUGAUCUAUUAAGUGUUAUUAGUCAACUUCUAGGUUUAAGUAUCUUAAAACGCAGAAUACCAAUAACUUCAACGCUGAUCACCUUCAACCGCGGGCGAUUAAAGUUCAAUACUCAAUGUCAAGUUAUAUUACGAGAAUAUCAUCAAUAGGGAUAAUAUGAAUGCUAUUUGCAAAUUACUCCGAGACGUCGCCCACAUCACUAACCUUUUUUUGUCCAUAUGGUUGGUACACAGCACGAGAAGUUUUUAGCAACUUCAACACGGAGAAUUGAUUAUCAUCCGGUCUUAAGCCUACCUAGGUAUGUAUUCUCGGAAUACUAUGUAUGGCUAUUUUCGCCUCUUGGUGGACAAGCCACUUUGAGAAUCAUAGAAUACAAGGACAUCUCGAUUGUGCUUCAACAAGAGAUAGGUUACUUGGGCCUGUCCAAAGCAUCAUUCUCUCUUGGAAUGAAGAUGAGUGAUAAUGGGGAAGUGUUUGACAAUAUCAACACAGCUUUUCUGGCUUCUCUUGCGUCGCCUCGGGCAAUUAAAGACGGCCAACAAGAUACUUGGGCUAACAUCAAAGUACCGAUGAUCGAGGGUAUACUAAGAUAUAUUUCGUCUAGAGAUAAUUCAAGUGACUGGAUAACUCUCCCCGACCAUCUUCCCAACACACGAUAUUCUUUACUUAUUGGAAUUCCUACAGCAAACAUCCCCGAUACUGGCACCACUUCAUUCACAAUGGAAACAUCCUAUCGGACUAUACAGUGUCCGGAAUUGAUAUACCCAAAGGAUUAUGAUGAUGCAUAUUGGGUCCAUAACACACUUCCGACCUUCAAUGGAAUUUUUCCAAUCGCUGGUCUCAAGUUUGACCAUGAACGAUGGUUCAUCCGCACAAAGUGUACGAAGUGCGUGGGGCUGGAUCCUUUCAGUUACGAACAGUGAUAAUCUGAAAAAGCGCCGUGAGUCGAAGCCUAGUGAGAAUGCCCCUCUACGAGAAGUCUUUUCCCGCAGCGAAAACGUGGGCAGUGACUCCCACCUGAACCCUACCGCAGUUAAUUGCAGCCUAGCAACGAUCUACGUUGAGGUGUCUAUUCAAUGUACAGGGUAGGAAUGCAAACUUGAUCGGAUGUGGAAAUCACAAAAUAGUGUGAACGGUCGGUCGAGCUAAUGCAUGGACUACAC